GCGGGUGCGGGCGCAAGCAUAGCCCACGCCUGAAGGGGUACUAAAGAAUAUCUAUCAGGCUAUGCAAAUUGGCCUUGUUGCCUAGUUGUGUAUCUCAGGAAGCAGGCUGACGGUCGCAAUAUGAGCAUCAACCGAAGCCGCGAACCAGGCGCGAGGCUUAGGGAGUUGAGAUAAAAAUGUUGGAUCGGGCCUGUCAAAGCCAGACAUCUUUCAACCACAAUUAUUUGAAGUAUUCACACCAAUAAUCAAUGAACCUUUAAGCUUGUGUUUGUGUUUAUUGAGGCUUGUCGUCCCCUGCUAAUAAGAAUCAUCACCUAAUAAUUUUGGAUGAACAACACUACCUACGAACAUGGUUGGGUGCACUAGCGACGUGCUCGCUAGCGCUCCUACUUUCUCUAUUUUCCGUCAAAAACUCCAGAAUGAAUGGAAGUUCACAGCAUACUGCGGUCGGGAAUAUUAUUGUACUAAUAACAUGGUUGAAUGGAUGCUCCACAUGGACGCUGAGAAACCAACCACCAACGCUGGUCUACUUCUCACCGAGGUCUAUGAAAGCCUCCCAAGUCGCCCGCAUCGUCACGAAUCGUCGCAGAUCUCACAUGGCGAGCGACGCUGCUUAAUAGUGUUCGCCAUUCUCCUUGAGUUAGGAUAUGGCCACUUGAUUGAAGCCUUCCAACGAUAUGGUAUCGUCGAUAGUAAACUACCAGAUCGCGGAAAGUUUGACGUUCACUUCCCCAUCAAAUAUUUCAAAAAUGGGGGCGCUACGGAGAGUAACCAGUUCUGGGAGUGUUUCCAAGAACGGGUGUGGCAAUAUUAUCCGUGCGCUUUGGAGUUUAGAAUGCGUGCGACGUUCUUAGACUCAAGAUAUAUCAUGCCAUUCUGCAAGCGCCAACCCAUCAAUGAUAAGGGCGGUACGGCACAAGUCUGGGAGGUGGCUGUCCAGGAAUCAUUGGUCCCCCCUAAGCUGGCGGAGGCUGUUAAGCGAUCGAAAUACUUGGAUUCCAACCACGGAACGUGUUACGUUUUUGCCGUGAAAACAUUCACCGAAGAACACCUUGAAAUAUUCGAGUGGGAAAGGGAGGCAUACCUUGUGGUACAGGCCAAACCCCAAUUGCCCGGAAUGGUUCGAUACCUCGGUGAAUACGAGAUCGACGAACGGCUUGAGGAUGGACGCGUAUCGCGUACUUGGAAUAUUCUUCUCGAAUAUGGCGAAGAAGAUUUAGAAGAAUUCUUUGCGUCGCAGAGGAAUUGCCCGCCAAAUCUCAAUCCAGAGACCAUCCAGUUUUGGAAGUCGUUGGCGAAUGUUGCGGAAGCGUUAGACGCAAUACACAAUCUCGAGCUUGAACGUGAAAACGGCCAUCAUGAUUGCUUUUCAGGGUGGCAUUGCGACCUAAAGCCUGAUAAUAUUCUAAGGGUCAACGGUGAAUUCAAGCUCGCAGACUUUGGAUUCGCGAAGUUCAAACCAACGAAACUGGGUGACGUCCAGACUAAAGCACGUAUUACCGGAGGGACCGAGACAUAUGGCGCUCCUGAAUGCGACCGCGCACGCCAAGAUCCCUCAAUAAGCGUCUCACAAACAAUUGAUACAUGGUCAUUUGGUUGUGUUUUAUCUGUUUCUGCAACAUGGGUGGUAUUAGGUUAUCAAGGAGUCCUCACUUACUAUGAGUUGAGACGGAUUGCAAUUCGAAAACUUCGGGAAAAGCGAGUCUACCACAGUACAAUAGGUGUACCAGUCGCUGAUGAUGCGUUCCACAACGGUGUCCAUGUUCUUCCAGAGGUCCUUGAAUGGCACAAUUAUCUAAGAAGUGUGCUGAGGAGAUCCGAUACAAUUACAGGGCGCAUACUCGACCUUGUCGAAGAAUGUAUGUUACAACCCGAAUCAGCACGGAAGACAAAUGCCUUGCACAUUGCUAUGGAAGAACAGUUACAGGAGGCACAGUAUGAGCACGACCGACUCAUGGGAGGUCCUGGUCUUGACAUAGUAACGGACUCGGUAAAGGAGGCUCUACUCAGCGUUGAGGAUAGAGCACCCUCGCCGGUGAACUCAUAUCAAUCAGAAAUCACUACUGCCAGCGACUCAUCCAAGAUUUCCACUUAUCUCUCUCCAACUCCAUCGCGACGAAGCCGAUCAAAGUAUAGUCGCAUCAAUAAGUCCAAAAAAAUGGACGAGGCAGUUCAAGGGAGGGUUGCUCAUCGGCAAAAUGCCCUUAAGCGAGAUGGGAGGCGAUCAGAUUCCUUAACCCAACCAGACCUGCGUCUUGAAACCGAUCGCACCGUCGAGCCUUCUUUGGUGCCAGGGCCUCUACGACUGCGACCUGUCGACAACUCGAGUUCACACAAUCUAAUUUUCACACCCAAUAUUGAUCUAGGCCAUCCUGCUAGACGUUCUACCCUUUCCAGGAGCCAAGGAACUUUUAUCGAAAAAGAACCGGUCUUCCCUGACACGUUCACAAUACCUAACACUCAGUCGCAACGGGGAAAUGAAACUCAAACGCCAUACAGAACCUCCAUAGAGAGCCCGAUGCAUCAAGAACAUAGCCUACCGCCUAGAAUACAAUCGAAUAAUUACUUACCAAUAAGGCCACCAUCGAUAGGUCGACAAGCACCCAUUCCUGUCUCUUCCGAGAGCCCGCAAUGGUAUCCCCAAUACCAGAAUACUUCAUGGUCAAUUUACGAAGAACACCGGGCUUUGAAAAGCAAGGGAGUCAUGGCUCGUAUUUUCAAAAAGGAUCAUGACGACUAUUUGAAGAAGUUUCUUGUCAAUCGAGACAUCAUGUUCGUCGUAGAUAACGACACAAGUAUGAACCAACAUUGGGAAACGAUGUCUGUUGCUCUAGAGACCCUCGCGUUGAAAGUCGCGGCGUUCGACAAGGACGGCCUGGAUAUCGAGUUCACGGUUGGAAACGAGCACAACGCACGCGGUGUUUCCAGUAACAAGUUGCUAGCAAAAUUCGAAGGGGCUAAGCGGGAAACAGCAAACCCAAGGUAUCGAUUUGAUACAGAUAUGACCCAGACCUUGACGAAUAUCUUUGACAAGUAUCUACACGGAGCGAAGCGUGCGACGACACUUAUUAUCCUGACGAAUGGAGAUUGGAAGGGAACUGUCGAUCCCACAAGCGUUGAACGGGCCAUCGCAGAUUUCCUCAAGAAGCCGUUCUUCACACAGAGGCUGGAAAAGCGAUGGUUCACCAUCCAAUUUGUUGCAUUCGGGCACGAGGUUCCUCGAAUACUGCAGCACCUUGACGACGAAAUUGGGAAGAAGUAUUCAAUACCGGAUGUGGUCGAUACUGAACACGUAUCAGGUGAUAUGUACAAGAUGAUACUCGGAAGUUUUGUUGGUCAGUAUGACAUAUCGGAAUUAACAGCGAUAUCGCCGACUUCACCGGCUACUCCAUUGCGCUUGGACUUGCCCCCUACGCCCAUAUCAAGACGAAGCUCCUCCAGAUCCCCCAGAAGCCUCUCUGGAAUUGGUGGCUUCUUUAGCAAGGUGCGAUGAUAUGGAGGUAGGUUCGCCACUACGAAAUCCGCCACAUCACUUGACGACCUAAACCUUUACCCACCGCGCAAGGACCGGGGAUAUUUAACACGAUUACUAUAUAUGAAUUUAUGACGAAUGGGUUUUCUUACGUUAUGUUAUGGAAAUGAAGCUGUCGAGAGGGGCUCCCGAUACUGUACAUACGCCAC